UGUGGGGCGUGUCGCCGCCGACGCCCGCCCAGCGGCCGUCGGGCACCGCACCGCAGUCGCUCCGAGGCCGUCACGCGCUCUGCACGUCUGCAGCAAAUACCGCGCUCGCAUAUUCUCGCUUUUUACGCACGCGACACACGUAACGCGGACUAGUUUUUGACUGGAGGAAGAACGCGAGAUUUUAAACAAUGGGAGUGUAACGGUUAGAACUUUGAGUAAAUGAGCACCCGUCAGUCAUGGAGGGGUUCCUGCACCACAUGGCGCCGCAGUUCCUGCACCCAGCGCUGCAGAGCUUCGGUUGCGGCGCUUUUCGUCCGAUAGGUGGCGCCUUCCACCCUCUUUACCCUGGAAAAGCGUUCGCUAGGCAUCUCGGUGAACAGUAUGCGCUUGGUCAGAGCGUUGGACAAGCUUUGAGGAACGUCCGCGAUGAUAGCAGCACGCCGCCUUUGUACCGCCAUGCGUACGCGCCGCGAGACGACACGAGCUCGCCGGGCUCCGCCGCGUCCGCCUCGCCGCGGCCCUGCAAGGAUGACGACCCACCGUCAGCCCCUACAUGCACCGACUCUCACGACUUUUUCUCACCGGAUGGAGAGCGCAAGUCUUCGUGUGGUGUCUGUGGAGCGCGGCUGGGCCCCGGUGUCGCUCAGGCGCACUUCUUGCAGGAGCUGCAGCACCUGUACAGCCUCAGCGCGCUGCCGCGGGACACCGCCGUGCCGCCACAGCACUCGCUGCACCACCAGGACGAAGAUGCUCGUUGGGAGACUUACCAACGGAUUCGCGCCAACCGCCAGCGUCGGUUGAAGCUGCGCACCCGCAAGCGCCACCAUACUGUUGAGAGCAUGCUCGGCUACGACCUGGAGGAGGAACGGCGGGAAGAGCGGCCUCGGGAGUCCCGCCCCUACGACGCUGAAGAUGAGCCAGUUGAUGUCGAGGGAGACUCCCUGGGCUGGCCCGAGGCGGCCAUCAACGUUGAUGAAAAAGAGCAACGUGGUGACGGCGACAAAUUGCACAUGAGCUACGCUGAAGACUUAGAGAUCUCCAGCACAAACGACGCCAUGCAGUCACCAGAACGCGUGAGGAUUGAGACGCCAAAAUCUUUGUCGCUGGAGUCCACGCCAAAGGCCACAGAGAGCGUGGAGAGGCCUGCGGAGGUGUCGACGACGGAGGCCUGGGGCGGGGCCGGGGCCCCAACAGCCGCUACCGAUGCCUGGCCGGCCCUGGCUGCGGAGGCCUACAUCCAGGCCACGCGCCACAAGAUUGAUGGCGAGAACCUUCCCUCCUCCACCGACACCCGCAACUAAACCGACAAAUCUCCCACAAUGCAGCUCUUUUCUUCUGCACGAUUGGAGCAUUUAAUGUAGGUACUUUAGAAGCUAACAUCAAGGAUUUGUAAGUAUUACAGUAUAGUGCAUACAAUGCCACGGUACAUUACUAGCUCGGGAAAGAAUAUUAAUUCGUUCUCCCUAAAUAUUGGAUUGUUGUAGGAUUACUUAUUUAAAGAUGACUAGAGUAUUAGAGUAGGAUAUGUACAUUACUUACGAUGCUUCUAUCGUACCUACAAAUACAAUUCAAUAGUUUAGUACAAUCAACAAUACUUUAGCAAUAGCUCAAAAAUACUCCAAUUACAUACUCAAUUUCAUGAAAAUGCAAAUUACAAGUCUUGUACCUAAGGAUUCCUGAUUUUAUCGAUCGCUAAUAUAAUGUCUAUUUAUAAGCAUAGUAUAUUUUGUUUUUGUUUUAAGUAUAGUUUUGUAAAAAUAUUAAUGUUCAGAACAUAGGUACUAACGACUAGGCCAAUACAAUUAUUAGAAUUAUUUAUGAAUAUUAUAAUAAUGAAUGCAUGACUUUUAUUAGCAACACAUCAAUAGUUUGCAAGUAAAUGAGUAAGCUUUGCUGAACGGGCCAAGUUUUAUGGCAAUUAGAGGCUGUAGGUGUAGGCAAUAUAGGCAACUGAUUGCCCGGUCAUCACAAAAAUAUAUUGUUGUAACUGAUGGCCGAGCAAUCUUUAGCUGGGCAAUGCGUUGCAGUAUUAUGUAUUCAAUAGCACGUGGUGAAGACUCCUAAACUGGCCAACCGGUAACGAUGGCUAAUGAAACUACACAUUGCACGCAGUACCAUAAAACAUUGGACUUGCAUAUAUUCCGGUCAUUUGUUCAAACGCUUUUGGUACAGCUUUGCGCAACAGAUAUCAAUGCGCAAACACUUACACUUAAAUUGGAAGAACUUUACUGCAAAACGUAUAUGCGCUGCGCAAACGUAGACACUUUUUGUUUCCAGUUAUUGACACUGAACUCCUUUUGACCGAUAUUGUGUACUUGAGAAAUAACUGGACACGUAUGCGUAGGCUGUGAAUGAUUUACGUUUUAUGUAAAUCAAAUAUCAUCGGUCGCUUGUGUCUGACAUCAAAAUUAAAAGUGGCCACGUUUGUGCUCUGUCUUAGAAACACCAUAGGACAAAAUUCGGUAUAUUAAGAUAUAUUUAUUGUUAUAUAUUUGUGUAAAUACUUCAAUCUUUGUAGAUUGUAGCGAGCAAUUUUAACGUUAUGUUCGAACAGUCUAAUUAAAAUAUUGUAACCACUGUAGGUAUUGUCUGUCGCUCCGCUUAUAGUUAUUUAUUACAUAGAUAAGUAAUAUAGUGUAAUUCAACUCUUCGUUGUUGUUAAUUAUGUGUACAUAACAAAAUGUGUCAAAUGUUUCAUGUUAUUAAACAUUAUGUAUUAAGAUAUAGAUAUUAAAAGUUCUUAGGUAUGAAUCAUCAUUACCCUCGCGUACUACAUACACUGUGUACAUAACUCGUAUGUAUGCGACAAUUGUAUGUUCAUGUUGCUUAGUAGAGCUCAUAUCCGCUAUUAUAUUCCCUCAUCCAUUUUAUAAAACGAAAUUAAUAAAACAGUAAUUGAAAAUUCAAA